UCAAUGCUUGUGGGCUAAUCAUAUCAUCCAGUUCUAGCCGCACAGGUGCUGACCUACCUCGGCACUACAGAAACAUGGGGCGGCUUUGGAGUUGGAGAACGUGCGCCUUCGUCUUGGCUGCACUUUUAGGUGCCAACAUCGUUACAUCAGAAGACAAUACCACCUACACACCAACGGGAGAUAACUCCACGAUUGAGUACGACACCACCUACACAACAACGGGAGAUAACUACACGAUUGAGAACAACACGACCUAUGAGAAUUCUACAGAAUCCACCACAGUAAUAAAUGAUAAUGAAAAUACAACUUAUGUAGAAACAACCAACGCUACAGAUACUGAAGAAGUUUCUACUACAGCUGAAACCGUAGCAUCCACUGUUGCAGAUAGUACAGAAUCGACAGGUCAAACCGUAACAUCCACUGCUGCAGAUAGUACAGAAUCGACAGGUCAAACCGUAACAUCCACUGCUGCAGAUAGUACAGAAUCGACAGGUCAAACCGUAACAUCCACUGCUGCAGAUAGUACAGAAUCGACAGGUCAAACCGUAACAUCCACUGCUGCAGAGAGUACAGAAUCGACAGGUCAAACCGUAACAUCCACUGCUGCAGAUAGUACAGAAUCGACAGGUCAAACCGUAACAUCCACUGCUGCAGAUAGUACAGAAUCGACAGGUCAAACCGUAACAUCCACUGCUGCAGAUAGUACAGAAUCGACAGGUCAAACCGUAACAUCCACUGUUGCAGAUAAUACAGAAUCGACAGGUCAAACCGUAACAUCCACUGCUGCAGAUAGUACAGAAUCGACAGGUCAAACCGUAACAUCCACUGUUGCAGAUAAUACAGAAUCGACAGGUCAAACCGUAACAUCCACUGUUGCAGAUAAUACAGAAUCGACAGGUCAAACCGUAACAUCCACUGCUGCAGAUAAUACACAAUCGACAGGUCAAACCGCAACAUCCACUGCUGCAGAUAAUACACAAUCGACAGGUCAAACCGCAACAUCCACUGCUGCAGAUAAUACACAAUCGACAGGUCAAACCGUAUCAUCCACUGCUGCAGAUAAUACACAAUCGACAGGCCAAACCACUACCAUUACCCCUACCACAACCACUACUACCAAGACAACCACUACAAUUGCUGCUACAGUGAUUGCUGAGUACCCAUCCACCAUGAGGCUUGACUUCAACGCUAGUGAUCAGCAACUAAAUGAAAGCAGCACAGAAUAUGCUGACCUCAAGAAAGAUUUGGAGUCUACUCUAUCAAAUAAAAUGGAUGUACCUGGUCUAUUGAAAGUUGAAGUCAGAUCAAUGAGUAAAGGCAGUUUAAUUCUGGAUACAGUGCUAUCUGUCAACAAGACAGCCAAUCCAAAUGCAGCUGGUGCUGUGGUCAAUGCAUUUCUUUCUCUGGCCAGCACUGGCAUCCCAAUAAACAAUGUAACUUACGGUACCACUGUGGCCAUCAAUGGAAUUGCUGUGGAUACUAACACAGACAAGUGUUUGCUACUGAACCAAACAGAGCCCUGCAAGAGCAAUUUUAUAUGUGUUAAAAAUUCAAAUAACACAGCUGAGUGCCAGGAGGUGCCUACCACAGUAUCAGUAACAUCCCCAACUCCCACCACAAGUCCUUUCAGUGUGUCAGAAACAUCACCAACUCCCACCACAACUCCUUUCAGUGGUAAAUGUGCAGCUGGUACAGGCUUCAGCUGGCUGAGUGGUAGCUGUGUAGCUUGUAGUGCAGAUGAAUACAAUGAUGGGACAAACAUGUACUGUCUUUACUGUCAAUACACAACCACCACCAAAACAUCCUGCAAUCCCUCAGGAAUAGCUAAAACAAUAAAACAGAUAGAUUUUAGUAUUCUGAUUGAAUACUCUCAAACAAAAUGUCAGCUCUCAGACACUCUCUACACUUCUGGGGCAUUGAUGAUGAAAAACAACUUUAUAUCUAAAAACCCAAAAACAGAGCUUUGUCAAAAUCUACCCAACUGUGACAAUAUCAUCAUCCAAAUCAAACAAAAUAACUUGUGUAAACUGGGCUCAACGUGCAGCUCAUCAAGCAACUGCAAAGACUUCACAUCAACAGCAACCAUUGAAGGUUACAAUGUGCCAGAAUUCACAAAAGCUGGCAAUGGGGAUAUGAGGAAAACAGUGGAAACAGUUCUAGAAUCUUUCUCCAAUCUGACAUUAGCAGCUGCUAACUUUUCGGACUACAAUAUUAAAGUUAACUUUCCACCAUUGAACUUCAAUGUCACCUACAUACCAAGUACUGAGAUGCGCAAGAUUUACAUUAGUGCAACUAUUGACACUUCAUUUGCUUCCCAAUCAGAACUGAAUGAUUUUCUUAAUGCAAAUGCUAUAAAAGAAAUUACACAGCUAACACCAAGUUUUCUGUACUCUGUGGUUGAAACCAGCAGAAACUACACAGACAAUACCACAAAUCUGCCUUACACCAGUUUCAAUGCCAGCUUAGUGUUCAAGACUGCUAUAACUACAACUUUGGUUAAUGCUGUGGCACAAGCAUGUAUACUUUCACAUAAGGAAUUUUCUGGAACUUUUGGAGACUCACCUUAUGCUUUUGUUAAUGCUAUUAACAUUUUUAACUCUCAAGCAUCAAGGACCAGUGGAACAAGUGCAAUUCUGUGGUGUGCAUUUUUACAAAAUCUUCAGAGCAUUGUUAGUUUCCAGCUAUGCAAUCUUGACACAAGCUGUUCUGAUUCAGACAAAUUCUUUUCAUGUGUUUCAACUGAAGAUCCUUCAAAAGUACAAAAACUUUUAUAUCCCUAUGGACCUGGAAAUGGAGAUAAAACAGUAGAACACGUAGAACUGUAUGGCUCCUAUUCAUACACAAAUAAAUAUUACAGUGAAAAAAUCCGCUUUGCUAGUGGUGCUCCUUUUGGAUCACGUAAUUUCAAGGAAGCCAAAGUGUGGUCAAAUGGAGCCCUCACAUUUGGAUCAGAUUCCUAUGCUUGGUAUCCCUUCUUCCAGUACAGUUCUGACAACAGCUAUUACGCUAACCAUGCCAUUCUAGCAGCAUUCUGGUUUGAUACAAAUUACUUACAAACUGGAAAAGUAUAUUACCAACUCUAUGAGAAAUUAGGAUCUAAUGGAGCUAGUAAUGCAGAUAUAAUUAAUCAAGUGCUAAACAGAUCAAGCUAUGAGGUAAUGGAAAUGUAUAAACUGAGCUCAUACAGUGCUGUGACCUGUCUUAUAGCCACAUAUGAAAAUGUUGCACCAUACAACUGGUACAGCUGGAUCUGUGAAUACUAUCAGACAUACAAAAAUGAAUCAUGGUGGCAAUAUUAUGAUGGCUAUUACAAGCAAUACUGCAAUAAGGCACAAGUAGAAGAAACAAACACAUUUCAAGUGAUUUAUGUGACUGAUGGUACAACUGCUUAUGCUAUCACCAUGUACAAGAAGGGAAGCAUGAACUGGCUGUUUGAAAAUGGGAGAGCAAUCAAUGUUGGUUUCCAAAAUGAUCAACAAAAGCGAGAUUAUGGUGUAACAUACACUGAUCUGACAACCAAACUGGAUAAAAUAACAUGGAAUACAGGUCGCUAUGGCACAUGGAUUGAAAAAGUUGGUCAAGUGGAAGAUCCAGACAACAAGUGUCAGAAAUUUUACUUAGACAACCUCAAAUUGAAGUUAGACUCACAACACCAGAAAUAUAUUAAUGCUUUAUAUGACUGCCCCUGUAGCAUGGACCGUUUGGGGAGACAAUGGUGGUACUAUUCUUGGAAUGAAGCUGAGCCUGGGAAAAGCUACUAUUAUUGCUUUGCCAUUGGUACCACUGCCAAAACUCGACUUUUAACUGGUAAUCCAUUAAACAAGCUCUGCUGUUAUCUCUACACUCCCCCAACAACCUGGUGGGACUGGAAAGCCUAUCAAGAAUCUUUGCAGAAUGCCCACCAUGUUGAUCACACAUUAGAAUAUGGCAGCCACCUACUUUUGAAUGACCCUUGGCUUUGGGGCAGUAGUGCAAGAAACUCAUUAGAACAAGACAUGAAUCCACAUAGAUGGUGCUGUGUGGAGUCUAGCUCACCAAGCAAAUACUGUGCUUUGUUUGAUGAAGUAAGACCAGAUGUGAUUUGUUCAAUCAAAGCUGAAUAUGUAUCUGGGCAAGCUCUUGGCGACCCCCAUAUUGUCACACUUGAUGGUAAAAAGUACACUUUCAACGGGCGAGGGGAAUAUUUUCUUAUUAAGACUGAUGAUUUUGUGCUACAAGCAAGAACUGCUCCAGCCAAUACAAGUAAAGAUGUUGUCACCAAUGCAACUGUAUUUGUUGCAUUUGCAGCAAAAGAUGGCAAUGCUACUUUUCAAGUAGAGCUGGAUUUCACUUAUACAGGCAUGAUUAUCUCAGCUAAUGGUGCUGACAUCACAAGAGACUUCUAUGCUACAGAAGACUACCAGACUCAAUCAGAAACUGGUGUUACAGUCACUAGAAGCAACAGCAGCGAUAAAAUUAAAGCAACUGCAGCAUUCCCAACAGGUUUUUCAUUUGAAGUCUAUGUGGGUAUGGAGAACCUGGAGUUUGCUAUCAACGUUCCAAACAGUUACCAAAAUAAAACAAAAGGACUGCUGGGAGUUUUUAAUAAAGACCCUAAAGAUGACUUUACACUCCCUGAUGGGACAGUCCUGACUGAAGAGCAAACUAACACUGAGAGAAAAAUUUCUGAGAACUUUGGAAACAGAUGGACUGUGAGCACAACCACUUCUGUAUUCAAAUAUGCAGAAGGAGAAUCAGCCAUAACUUACCAAUUUCCUGACUUUACACCUUUCUUCAUGGACGAAGUUAAUCAAACACUUGUUAAUGCUACUAAAGUAACUUGUGGGGGCAAUGACGCAUGCACCUUUGACUUGCUGGUCACUGGAAACGAAGCUUUUGCCCUGUCCACUAAAAGUACAAGUCAGCAGGCUGAUGCUGUUCAGUUAAAUCUUGCAAACAAUCUGCCUGUACUAAGUCUUGGACCUAACCAAGUGAACAGCAACAACCAGUUACUUGUAACACAUGGCAAAUCUAUGAAUAUCCAGUUCAAUGCUACAGAUGCUGACAAGGACAGUAUAACAUUCAGCCUGAUAGGAACCCCACAAGGUGUAUCAAUCAACAAUGUUUCUGGUGUUGUCACCUACUUGCCUGACUCUACUAAACCUGUUGCUAUUGGGGUGCAGGCAAAAGACUCCAAGGGUGGACUUUCAGCCAUCCUUUACUUGAACAUUGUUGUGUGUCCAUACUGUAGUGGAAAUGGCUCUUGUAAUGUGAACAGAAUUAGAGCUAAUGAAUCUGAAGGGGGGAAAUUUCUUGUCAGUGUUUGUGACUGUUGGCCUGCUUACACAGGUGAUGAUUGUGAAAGAGAAGUCAAUGGCUGUCUAACAGCAACAUGUGCUAAAGGACAAGACUGUGUUGACCUAUCAGCUGCAGAGCAAAACAACAACACCAUUGGUUACAAAUGUCAGGAUUGUCCAGCUGGCUUUCAACAAAGAGGCUCCACCUGUGCUGAUAUCAAUGAAUGCAUUGUUAAUGGCAGCAGUCCUGCCCCCUGUCCAGAUAAUUCUAACUGCUUCAACUCUGUUGGAUCCUACAGUUGUCAGUGUGACCUGGGCUACAGGCUUGACUCAGCUAAUAAAAACCAAUGCAAUGAUGUUGAUGAGUGUGCUGAAAGAACACACCAGUGUGAUCAAAUAUGUAAGAACACAGAAGGAUCUUAUGAAUGUCAAUGUUAUGGAGGAUAUAAACUCAAUUCAAACAACAAAACUUGUGAUGUAAAUGGUACCGCUGCCACAUGUAGUCUACCGUGUGCCCAUUUGUGUGUGACUAUAGAUGACAAACCAGUGUGUCAGUGCAGAUCUGGCUACAAAUUGAAGGCUGAUAAUAGCGGUUGUGAAGACAUAGACGAGUGCUCAUCGGGGAACAAACCAUGCAGUCAAGCAUGUCAGAACACAGUUGGUAGUUUCAAAUGCUCAUGUUAUGCUGGCUUCAAAAUGGAUACAGAUGGUGUUUCUUGUAAAAAAUGUGACAGCCCGUACUAUGGCGUGAACUGUGCCAGUCAGUGUAUCUGUAAUGGUCUGGGCACGUGUGACAACGUCAGGGGCUGUCAGUGUAAGGCUGGCUGGUCAGGUACCAACUGUAACAUUGAUGUGAACGAAUGUUUAUCUGAUGUCUGCCCCGUUGGACAAGUGUGUACCAACACUCUGGGUUCAUACACUUGUACUUGUCCUCCUGGCUACACCAUGAACAAAAAUGCAUGUGAAGACAACAAUGAAUGUCUGAGUGUACUGACUCACAACUGCAGUUUAUCCGUUGAAGACUGUGUCAACAACAUUGGCAGUUACUCCUGUAUGUGUAGAGAUGGCUAUGCUCGCAAUGCCAAUAAAGUUUGUGAAGAUAUUGAUGAGUGCAGCAAGGGAACACACAACUGUGAGCAAGUUUGUGAAAACGCACCAGGCCAAUACAACUGCAAGUGUCGCUAUGGUUACAGACUGGACACUGACCGUGCUAGCUGUGUAAAGCAAAAAGACGUAUGUGCUGGAUUAAACAUGACAUGUGACCAGAUCUGUACCCUGAACUGGGAGACAAACACCCCAUAUUGUGCCUGUAAUGCUGGGUUUGACUUGGUUGGAGGUAAAACUUGUGUCGACAUAAACGAGUGCAAGCUCAGUCACUUGAAUCUCUGCAGUUACCAGGCAGGCUGCAUCAACACAAAUGGUAGCUUCAACUGCUCAUGUCCCUCAGGGUCUAUGUUGGAUAAUGACAAGAGAACAUGUAUUUCAUGUGGCUCAGGAAAAUGGGGCCUUGAGUGUGCUAAUGAUUGCUCCUGUAGCUCUGGUGCUUCAAGCUGUGACCCUAAACGGGGCUGUAUUUGCAAGUCUGGCUUCACAGGAACUCUCUGUGAGAAGGAUGUUGAUGAGUGUGCAACAGGACAGCUCACUUGCCCAGCUAAAGAAAAAUGUAAUAAUACAAUUGGCAGUGCAGCAUGUGUCUGUUUAGAUGGAUACCAGCGACUGACAAGUGGAUGUGAAGAUAUUAAUGAAUGUGCCAAUAUUGCCACUAAUGAUUGUGAUCAGCUGUGUGACAAUUAUGAAGGUGGAUAUUCCUGCUCCUGCAAUAAAGGUUACUCAUAUGACAAAGCAGCUAAGUCAUGCAAAGAUAUUGAUGAAUGUCAGCUAAAUAUUGAUGGCUGCCAGGAAGGAUGUGAGAACUCAGAUGGUGGAUUUCGCUGUGCUUGUCCAACUGGACUUGCCCUUGCUGUUGAUGGAGUCAGCUGCAUUGUGGCUUCUACAUGUACUACCUUAAAGUGUCAAUAUGACUGCUACAAAAAUACUUCUAGCAUUGAAAUUUGCUUUUGCCAACGAGGAAAAGAAGUAGAUUUAAAAAAUACCUCAGCUUGUAUAGAUGUGAAUAUGUGUGUUAAUAACCGCUGUAAUGAAACAUGUACUGAAACUGCUGAUGGAACAAGUUAUACUUGUUCUUGUAAUGCUGGAAAAAAAUUGGCAAAAGAUGGACUAAAUUGUGAAGAUUGUCUCCCUGGGACAUAUGGAAACAAUUGUGAAAGUAAAUGUAACUGCAUCGCAUCCAACACAGAAACAUGUAACAAGGUAAAUGGCUCAUGCACUUGUAAGGCAGGAUGGACUUCAGAUAAUUGUGCUACUGACAAAGAUGAAUGUCAGCAAUCUGGUUGUUCAUCUAAACCAAAUUCAGAUUGCAUAAACACACCUGGUAGUUAUAUCUGUCAAUGUAAAGCUGGCUACUACAAUGUUAAUGGCAGCUGUACAGCAUGUGUAACUGGAACCUAUGGCAAAGAGUGUUUGAACCAGUGCCUGUGUGACCCUUCACACAGCACAUGUGACAAGGCCACAGGAAACUGUACCUGUGAGUCAGGCUGGAAUGGGACACACUGUGACACAGAUGCUGAUGAGUGCACUAUUCCAAAUAACUGCACUGCAGCUAAUAUAUCCCACUGGCUGUGUUUUAACACACCAGGAUCCUACAAGUGUGAUUGUGACAAAGGAUUUGAGAGCAAAAAUGGCACCUGUGUUGAUCAAGAUGAGUGUGCAGCAAGCUCCACCAAUGAAUGUGACCAAAACUGCACCAACACAGAUGGCAGCUACACCUGCACCUGUGGCUCUGGCUACACUCUAGAUGCUGACAAGCAUUCUUGUAAAGAUGUUGAUGAGUGUGUUUCAAGCCCUUGUCAACAAGUUUGUGAAAACAGCCUUGGAAGUUACUCGUGUUCAUGCAAAGAUGGUUUUUAUCUGGAUACAGAUAACAAAACGUGUUAUGAGUCUGGAGAGUAUGAUGCUACAAUAAAACUUGAAUAUGAUGUGACUGAUGCACAAGUGCUUGAUGAAGCUCGUCCAGAAUACAAAGAACUAAAACAGUUAGUUGAAAAAUCUCUGUUUGAAGCAUUCAAAUCUACAAUUCGUGGCCUGAUAGGUGUAAUUGUUAAAGCUAUGAGAAAAGGCAGUCUGGUUGCUGAUUUUACCACCAUUGUAAAUAAAGUAGUUAACCCUGAUGCAGCAUCAGCAAUGGUGGAAGCCAUUGUUCAGGUUGUCAAAACUGGAAUUACAAUAGACAAUCAAACUUACACCACUGUAGUGACCUUCAAUGGUUUUACAGUCAAUUCAAGCACAGUCAAUGAUAAAUGUGCCAUUUUAAAUUAAAUUGAGCCAUGUGCAAAUGGUGAAAAAUGUAUCAUCACUUCUGAAGGGUCAGCUAAGUGCCAAGGCAGUGAAAGUACAGAUGAUAUCCCGCUGAUUGUUGGAUUGUCCGUGGGUCUUCCACUGUUUGUUGCUUUGAUUGUUUGCAUUGUGAUUGCCAUAUGGUAUAAGAAGAAAUAUACAGCCCAAAGAAGAGUUGCGAGCAGGGAAGGACACUAUGAAGACAAUGACCGACCAACUUCCCGCAACUCUUAUUUUGCUGUAGGAGCUGCCAGCACAAGUCUACAGCCAGGAAAAGCUGAUGAUAAACAGAAUUUGUUUUAAAAGAAAAGCUUGAACCUUAUAUUUUAACUUCUUGAUCUUAAUUACCUUUCUUGAUUUUAGUAAACUCUUGAAAUAUUAGUCUAAAACUACUAAUAGGGAAAAUAACCCUCUGUUACACAAUUUUCGAAGCUGGUUUUCAAAUGUGAAAUAUGUUAAAAUAAGUAAUAUCCAUUAACCAAAAACAACCUCUUUUUUAAGCAUCCAAAAAGAAAUGCAUAGUUGUUUAUAAACAUUUGAAUAUUGAAUAAUAAUGAAGCUACAAAAUUAAUUACUAAAUGUUUGGAAAUUGUACAUUUUUAUUGAAAGACACCCUUAAGUUGAAAUGUUUCUUUUAACAAAGGUUUAAGGUAUUGUUUUGUUAAUGAAUAUAGAAUUGUUAUUGUAAAAACUGUGAAUCUAAUUCAUGUCUUUCCUACUAAAAAGCUGUUUAUACCAACAUGUUUAAAAUACUUGACUGCUGAUCAUAUUAUUAUUAUAUAUAAUAAUUUUUUAUAUAUAAUAUAAUUUUAAGGUCAGCUAUAUUAAUAUUUCUUUCUUUUUAACAUUCCAAUAGAUUACAUUUUCAUGUCUCCUAAUAGUUUAUUUUUGUAUUAUUCAAACAAAAAUAUAAUUGUUUUUAUUUACUUAAUUUUAUAAAAAUGUUUUUACAGAUUUGAGUGCCAACACAAUUUGUGAUUUUUUAUGGAACAUUCCAGUUUUAAAAUGUGUUGUGUCAGGUCAGUGUUUUUUCUUAUGAAACCAGUUUUGGUGGAAUGAAAAAUUAUUGAUCUUUGAUUUUGGGAUUGUUUUCAAAAUUUAAACCUUUGUUACUUUAAAUAUAAAUGUCUCACUAUUUUAUGCUCAAAUUUAAAUAAAAAAAUAGUGCCCCAAAAAUAUGUAACAUUUUCAGAAAUAAUAAUUUACUUAAAAAAUUACUUUAAAUUUUUAUUUAAAGAAACGUUUCAAUUAUUCAGGAGUACCUGAUUGAGCUGUCUUAACUUGUUAUUUAUGUAAUGGUUUUAUGCAACAUUCAGUAUUUUUUUAAACACAUACCCUUGUAUUCCAGAUAUAUGUUUUUUUUUUAUAUAAAUAAAUAAAUGUCGUAACAAACAUAUGAGCAAAUACAAUAACAUUUACAAAAAGACAAACAAAUAAAAUUACAAUAUAUAUAAAUUUAUAUCUGGGUACAUGUUCUGUUUACAGUCCAAAUUAUCUGUGAUCCAGCCAGUUUUAUUUUACAUUUGAAUAUGUGAUAAUUAUUUAUUUAUAUAUUUUAGAAAUUCUUCUUUUUAACCUCUCUAGGUGAAAUCAAACCAACUUAUUUCUCUUUUUAAAAAAAAUCUUACUCAAACUCUCUGAAAACUAAUCAAUACAUGUUUGAUUAUUGUUUUUUAUGAACUUUCAACUGAUCAAAGGCCACAUUAGAAUCACGUGAAUUUAUUAGUUUUUAUUUUAAUUUUUGAAAGAGUGUGUUUUUUUUAAUAAGAAUUUUAUCAAUAGAGCUUUUUAUUAUAAAAAAUCUGAGUUGAGUUUGU